AAUUCAGUUAAAAAAGAAAAAGAAAAAAACAUCUAACGAAUUUCUCAAGGAAGUGAGUUUAUGAGUGAUACAAAGAUAUCAGCGGUAGCAGUUGCGGCUGCGAUAGUGGUGGUAACUGCGGUUGCGGUAUGGAUAUGGAAAGGCCUGAAUCUAGCUUGGUUUAAACCAAAGAAACAUGAGGCUUAUCUAAAGAGACAAGGGUUCUCUGGAACUCCUUUCACCUUUCUUGUCGGAGACGCUAAAAGGGAAGCCAGUAUGGUGGAGCAAGCAAAGUCCAGACCCAUCAGUCUAACCGAUGAUUACACGCCUCGUGUCAUGCCUCUAAUAUUACAGACCGUUAAGGAUCAUGGGAAGACAUCUUACAUGUGGAUGGGACCUACAGCGAGUGUGAUUGUGACGAAACCAGAACACAUCAAAGAAGUUUUAAACAGAGUUUACGAUUUCCCGAAGCCACCAGUGCACCCAAUUGUGGAGCUUUUUGCGACUGGAGUCGCGUUGUAUGAAGGAGAGAAAUGGUCUAAGCACAGGAAGAUUAUAAACCCUUCUUUUCAUAUUGAAAAGCUCAAGAUUAUGAUACCUGCGUUCUACGAGAGCUGCAGCGAGAUGAUAAGUAAAUGGGAGAGGUUGGUAAGCCAGCAGCAAGGAUCAUCGAGUGAGAUCGAUGUUUGGCCAUAUCUUGGAGAUGUAACCUCAGAUGUAAUUUCGCGUACAGCAUUUGGUAGUAGCUACGAGGAAGGUAAGGGAAUCUUUGAGCUUCAAGAAGAACAAGGCCGGCGAGUUUUAAAAGCUCUUGAGUUGGCUAUCAUCCCUGGAUUGAGGUUUCUACCAACAAAGAAUAAUAGGAGGAUGAGGCAAAUAGACAGAGAAGUGAAGUCUAGACUAAAAGAGAUCAUCAUAAAAAGACAGAGAGCUAUGGAAGCAGGGGAGGCUCCAAAGAAUGAUUUGUUGGGAAUACUUUUGGAAUCGAAUUCCGGAGAUCAUGGUAUGAGUAUCGAAGAUGUGGUAGAAGAGUGCAGGCUGUUUCACUUCGCUGGCCAAGAAACCACGGCGGUGUUGCUCGUGUGGACUAUGAUUAUGCUAAGCCAUCACCAAAAGUGGCAAGAUCAAGCUAGAGAAGAGAUCUUAAAAGUCAUUGGAAAGAACAAUAAACCUAACUUUGAUGCACUCUCUCGACUCAAAAUAAUGAGCAUGAUCUUGAACGAGGUAUUGAGGUUAUACCCACCAGGGAUACUACUUGGUCGAACCAUAGAGAAAGAAACAAAGCUUGGUGAGGACAUGACACUACCAGGUGGUGCACAAGUAGUCAUUCCUGUUCUUAUGGUUCAUCGUGAUCCCGAGCUUUGGGGAGAUGAUGUGCAUGAGUUUAAGCCCGAGAGAUUCGCAGAUGGGAUCUCAAAAGCCACGAAGAACCAAGUUUCGUUUCUUCCGUUUGGAUGGGGACCAAGAUUUUGUCCUGGCCAGAAUUUUGCUUUGAUGGAAGCUAAGAUGGCUCUUGUCUUGAUUCUGCAGAGAUUCUCCUUUGAGCUGUCUCCGUCGUACACUCAUGCACCUCAUACGGUUCUUACACUUCAUCCUCAGUUUGUUGUUGUAUUGUGGUGGCUAUGGAGAAUUUUGGAGUGGGUUUGGCUUAAACCUAAGAUGCUUGAGAGUUACCUGAGAAGACAAGGUCUUGUCGGAACUCGUUACACGCCUCUUGUCGGAGAUGUGAGAAGGAAUUUUAGCAUGUUGAAGGAAGCAAGAUCCAAACCGAUGAAACCAACGGAUGAUCUCAUCUCACUUGUCAUGCCUUACUCUUUUCACAUGCUCAACACUUACGGAAAGACAUUUUUCACAUGGCUAGGACCCAUACCUGCCAUAACAAUAAUGAAUCCACAGCUGAUUAAAGAAGUGUAUAACAAAAUUUAUGAUUUCGAGAAGACGCACACGUUUCCUUUGACUACAUUGCUAACUGAUGGACUUGCUAAUGCCGAUGGAGAUAAAUGGGUGAAACACCGGAAGAUUAUCAACCCGGCAUUCCAUUUUGAGAAGAUUAAGAAUAUGGUUCCUACGUUUUAUGAUAGUUGCAGUGAGGUUGUGUGCCAAUGGGAGAAGUUAGUUUCAGAUAAAGGGUUGUCGUGUGAGGUUGAUGUUUGGCCAUGGAUUGUGAAUAUGACCGGAGAUGUGAUCUCUCGAACCGCUUUUGGUAGCAGCUACAAAGAAGGACAGAGGAUAUUCAUACUACAAGCAGAAUUAGCACACCUCAUCAUACUAGCUCUUGGGAAGAAUUACAUCCCUGGAUAUCGGCAUUUCCCAACUAAGAAUAAUAGAAGGAUGAAAACAAUAUUUAAGGAAAUCCAAUUUAUACUAAGAGGGAUCAUUAGCAAUAGGGAAAAGGCGAGAGACGCUGGAGAAGCACCAAGUGACGAUUUGUUAGGUAUACUUCUUGAAUCAAAUUCAGGGCAAACUAAAGGAAAUGGACUGAACACUGAAGAAAUCAUGGAAGAUUGCAAGUUGUUUUAUUUCGCGGGACAAGAGACCACUUCAGUACUUUUGGCUUGGACUAUGGUUUUGCUAAGCCAACACCAAGACUGGCAAGCUCGUGCACGAGAGGAAGUGGUGCAAGUUUUUGGCGAUAACAAACCUGAUCUACAAGGCAUUAACCAACUCAAAGUUAUGACAAUGAUUAUUUAUGAAGUCUUGAGGCUAUAUCCUCCAGUAAUCCAGAUGAACCGAGCGAUCCACAAAGAGAUAAAGCUAGGUGAUCUGACACUACCAGGCGGUGUUCAAGUCCAUAUGCCUAUUCUGCUAAUCCACCGCGAUACUAAGCUUUGGGGCGAUGAUGCAGCAGAGUUCAAGCCCGAGAGAUUCAAAGACGGGAUCUCAAAGGCAACAAAGAACCAGGUCUGCUUCUUGCCUUUCGGGUGGGGACCGAGGAUUUGCAUCGGUCAGAACUUCGCUCUGUUGGAGGCAAAGAUGGCUCUGGCUUUGAUUCUUCAGAGAUUCUCCUUCGAGCUUUCACCUUCCUAUGUUCAUUCACCUUACAGAGUCUUCACCAUACAUCCACAGUGUGGGGCUCAUAUUAUCCUGCACAAGCUAUGAUACUAUACUCCAUGUGGUGUGUUAUCAAAUGAACUUGUUAUACGUAUGGGAAACAAGAUUUCAUAGAAGAAUCAAUUCAAGAUCAUAGU